UUAGGUCCGCUGUUUUCCCGAGAAAACCCAAGUGCCCCGAUUUUCACAAGGAUUUUUCCCCUCAACUUUACCAUUAAGUUUCACAUUUAGGAUUUCACUAUGUCGGCAGGUGAUACGCUAGGAACAGGAGCAGCAGGGGCGGGUGGCGAUGGCGACGGCAUCGUCGGCGGUCCCAGGACGCCUCAGCAAGUCGCCGCUCAGAAACGGCUCCAGCAGACGCAGGCGCAGGUCGACGAAGUGGUCGACAUCAUGAAAACGAACGUGGAAAAAGUGCUCGAGAGAGAUCAGAAGCUUUCUGAGUUAGACGAUAGGGCCGAUGCUUUGCAGCAAGGUGCGUCACAAUUCGAACAACAGGCGGGCAAAUUGAAAAGGAAAUUUUGGUUACAGAAUUUAAAGAUGAUGAUCAUAAUGGGCGUAAUUGGUCUGGUAAUCUUAAUCAUCAUUAUCAUGAAAUUCAUGCCAGAAGAGAAAGCUCCAGCCUAUCCGCCGCCGGGAUAUUUACCCCCACAAUUACCAGCAGCUCCUGCAGUGGAACCGGCAGCAGUAGAUGACAAGGUUCCUUCAGGCAAAUCUUAAAUAUCUUGUUAUUUUUUGUGUAACAUUGGGUUGUUUUACAUUCAGGAGACAAUUUGUUUCUAUUACAUAACCAAAAGUUCAGUGUUAUCUAGCUAAGAUUAUUUAAUAUUUUUCAAAAAAAAAAAACCCAACUAACAGUGAUAUUUUCAAACAAUAUUCUAGAGAGUUAUUCACUAAUUGAGCUUUUAUUCAAAUUUAUUUAUUAAUCUAGAGUUUACAAUGCAGUAAGUAAAAAAAAAUAGUAUGAAAUAAUAUUUAUCUUGUGCAUAUUGUGUUAUUUUAGAACAACUUUAAUCAUAAAAUAAUUGAAGGCGAAUGUUUCUCUAUAGGCUAUGACAUUAAAAUCAUUUCAUCGAAAAAUAAAUAAUUAAAAUUUAAAUGCUAACAAUACUAGUUAUGUUAUUUUAUAUGAGAAAAUAGAAAUGAUAUUUUUCCCAUGCCUAAUAAAGGUUUGAGAGUUAGCUAAAAUAUUUCCCUGUUAGAAUUUGAUUUUUUCGCCUAUAAGUUUUAUGGUGAUUGUAGGUACCUAAUUAUGUUAUAUACUUUUCAAUGUUAGAUAGUAAUUAUCAGUAAUGUAUACAGUUUAUGUGUAUAAUUUAAAUACUUUAAAAAAUAAAUUAUUAUGAAAUCGCAUCAAA